CUCUCUCCCCUUCUCUCUCUCUCGCCCCCAAGUCCUUGAUUUUUUCUGCGGUCAUGGAUAGGCAACGCCGUGAGCUGACGUUCUUGCACUCCCGCGACUUCCUCCAGCAGAGCCCCGCCCCGCCCCCCGACCGAGCCGCAGCCGCCGACGAGAGCUCCUACGGUGCCGGCGACACCAAGCCUCCCAUCAGAGUGGUCGAUUUCUUCUCACCGGAGAAUUGCUCCAGGUUCGGCGGCGACGAGGAGGAAGAGAGCAUGAGGUGCAAUGGACGAUCGAGAUCGACCCUAUCCGAUCCCGGCACUGGACUGAACCUGCUCUCUUUGAAUUCCGGGACGACGGCCGCUUUAGAAGACGAUCAUAGUAACAAGGAUGCUGAGAUGAGGAUGCUCCGGGUGGAGCUGGAGAGACUGCACGAGGAGAACCACAAGCUGAGAAGCAUGUUGGAUCAGAUCUCCAAGAACUAUGGUAAUCUCCACGCUCAGCUCUUGAUGGCCAUGCAGAAACAGGCCCAUCUUAAUCUGCGCGAGCAGCAGAGGGACGAGAUGACCAGCAUGUCAAGCCCCACAAAGUCAGCGCAACAGCUCAUGGACCUUCGGCCAACAUGUGCGGCCAUAGACGACGCGAAUGAUGAAGAGAAGACCCGCGAAGUGUCAGUCUCUCCAACCACUACCAUGGAGGUCAUGUCCAAGGAAAGCGACCACAUUCACACUCCUCCACUCAAUAGCACCAAUAAUAAUAAUAAUCACAGCAUCGAGGACGGCUACCGGACCUCGCAGAGCUGGGGCUCCCCCAAGAGCCCGAGGCUCGAGCCCCCGAAAGGCGGGGACGAGCCAAUGGCCGACGCGCCCUUCAGGAAGGCGCGAGUGUCGGUGAGAGCAAGAUCGGAAGCGCCAUCGAUUAGCGAUGGAUGUCAAUGGAGGAAGUAUGGUCAAAAGAUGGCCAAGGGAAAUCCUUGUCCACGGGCCUACUAUCGUUGUACGAUGGCCGUUGGAUGUCCAGUUCGCAAGCAGGUGCAAAGAUGUGCGGACGACAAGACCAUACUCAUCACCACCUACGAAGGCAACCACAACCACCCGCUUCCUCCGGCGGCCACUGCCAUGGCCAACACGACAUCUGCCGCUGCCGCCAUGCUACUAUCCGGCUCCACCACCAGCAAGGAAACCCUAGGCUCCACCAACCCUGGCUACUUCCCCUCGCUCCCUUACCCCUCCACCAUGGCCACUCUAUCCGCCUCUGCGCCGUUCCCCACCAUCACCCUCGACUUGACCCAAAACCAUAACCCCAUGCAACUCUUCCCCCGCGCACUGCCUCCAGCCUCGACCACAUUCCCUCUUCCCUUGCAUGGCCUUACAGCUCAGAUGAUGGGGCAAGUGCAACACUCCAUGAAAUUACCAUCGAUGCCUUUGGUGCAACUAGGACUAGGGCAAAGGCAUGCGUCCUUGGUGGAGAGCGUCAGUGCUGCCAUUGCCUCCAACCCCAACUUUACUGCCGCACUGGCAGCCGCUCUUUCAACAGUGAUGGGCGGCGUGCCACCGCAGAAUGGCCCAGAUGGCAAUAUCAAUGCUAAUAACAACAAUAGUGGGAAUAAUCACUUCCUUCCUGCUGGGGUUGGUGUGCUUCCUGGGUCCCCACAGCUUCCUCAAUCCUGCACCACUUUCUCCACCAACUGAGCUUAUUUUUCGCAGACUCGCUCUAUAUGCCUAACAGGAAAAGAUGCUACUAGGUCGGGGAACAAAACGGAAUAAUUACUGUCGAGAAAAUUAUACACCUAUAUGGAAGGAUAUGAAAGGCUGAUGGAGAUCAGGGAAGUGCACUCACAUCUCCCUUUUCAGAGAUGAAGGUCAUAGAGACUCAGUUUGUUGAUCAUGUUUGGAUGCUGCAACCGGUGCUUUGAUGGAUGAUUUUGGGUUAGAGAUUAGUCAGCUUCUAACAUCUUGGAGACAUGCACGUGUUGCGCGUUCUAAGCCCAUUUGCCCUUAGUUGGCAUUUUCUUUCCUCUUAAUCCAUCGGCCUUUUCUUGUCUUGUAA